AUGAGUCUAACGUUGUUAAGUGACAGAUACGAGAGUGAAUAUCCAAGUUUGGUUAGGGAGGUUCUUGAUCAUGGUAAGCGAAUGUAUUUUUAAUAUUAUUGUGUGUUUAGCAUCUUCUGACACUCCGAUAGUGGCAUGUUUGUGUGAAGGAGGGUACUGUGGACUGCUCUGUCACAAAGUUCUUUUUGUUUGGAAUUUUGAUACUGUUGUAAGUUUUUACAUUUUAAAAAAGUUUUUUUUGGUUUAUACUGUGUUUUUGUGAAUAAUUUUUACUAUUUAUAACGUUAUUUUUAGGUUGAUGAACUACCUCAUGCUUUCCGGCUGUCUUUACCGUCUACUGGCCUGCAAUAUAAAGCUAAAAAUGUUUGUUUCUACAAGCAAAGUGGCAAGAAGAUGCCUUCUAUAUUAGCUGUAAGCCCUGAGGGAUGUAUUAGACAUUGGUCAGAGAUUGGAAAGCCACACAAAGACUUUAAUGUUGAUCUACAAAAUGAAGUUGCUCAUUCUAUUGUCUUAUUUGAAGCUAAAAGUAAGUUUAUUAAGGUAAUCUGAAUUGUAAUAUUUCCAGUUUAUUUAAAGCUUUAAACUAAAAAUACCUAAUCUUAUUCAGAUCAUGUUCAUCGUUUUAUCUUCUCUACAACAACAUCAACCUUCUUCUUGGUGGAAGUGUUUCACGAUGGCAGAAAAGCCGAGCAUGUUGUAGUACGCCCUUUGGAGAUGAACACUCAUGUUGGUAUUGGAAAGAGAAUGAGCUUGAUGUUGUUUGGCAACCCUUCUAUGGACAGAGAAACGUAUGUAUUGUUUUAUGCAGUCCAGAGUUUUUGAAUAUGUAUGUAAUUGAUAAGUGUUAUAUGUAUAUGAACAUGUGUUGGACGUAUAAUUUAUGUUGUUUUAGAGUUGUAAAAGUAGUAUCUUUGAGUGGACGUUGUGACCUCAACAAUGCUGAUCUUAUGGUUGUCUUUCACAGAGUUAUCAGAUUUUACUCUGUAGCUCAAUCUACUCAUUUAUUUGCGAUCGAAACUCAUGAAUUGAUCUCAAGGGCGUUUGAGAAACAGGUAAAGACGAACUUUUAAGUUUUUGUAUAAUUUUUUUGAAAGUUUUUUUGGAGCUCAAAGUUUGUAUCAGUUAUUAAUGUUUAAAUUUGUAUCGUUACAUAAUUUUUAGGGUUUAAACAGUGAAAAUGUUAAGCACCACUUACUAGACACGGUACCUUAUGAAGGAGGAUUUCUGGUUUUGGUUGCGAUUAACAAUGUCACUUAUGAUUGUCUGGAUUUCUACUUAGGUAUGUUUUUCUUUAGUUGAUGUAUUUACGGUUGAAAAUAACGUAUAAUUAAGGUAUUUUUAGGUUACAUUACUAGUGAAACCAAGCGGACGAAAGAGUUUGUGGCACUUAACAAACUGAAUAUCCCAAACCGAUACAGUAUUCAGGUAUGUUUGGGGAAAAUUUUGCUUAUGACAAAGACAUGUUAUAAGACUUAUAUGAUAUGUAAAAUGAUUGGAUCUUGCAAUGCUACUACUUAUUGUUUAUUGUAUCUUCAUAAUAAAAUUGUAUUUAAGCGCAAUAUUACUGUACUUUUAGAUUCCACUUCACUCAGUAGCACUGCCGACUGUUCGUCUCCACACUCCAGAAUCUUCAGAAUGUGUCAUUGUCUUUAAUAGGUUCAUUUCGGUAGUUAAGGAUCCAAAAGAAGAAGAUGCUGAGAAUGUGGUAACCGAGGGAAUUGAUGAAAGAAUUGUGGGGUCGGAGACUAUGGACAAUCUUUGUCAUAUCGUACUGAAAGAUUCUGGAGUUUGUGCUUUGAGGAAAUUGCCACGGUAGGCUUUUUAUCAUAGCUGAUUUAGUGUAAUUUGAAAUUUCAAUUUCUAGUGAUAACAACAGUCCUUAAUGCAGAUUGUUUCAGAAAUUUUGACUUGAUGUUCUACAGACGUGCCAAGAAGAGUAUGGAUGUGAUUUUCGAAGACUUUAUGGGUACAGACUUUACUCAACUACGACAAUCUUUUGUCGCUUUUGCUUCGAAAGAUUUGUACGAAGCUGAACAACUAUUUUGUAAGCUGAGAGAACUUGAAGAUGGUGCUUUUGGGUCUUUGGUCCUCAAGUUCGCUCUAAAAUUCAUUGACCACGAACCCAUCAACGAUCCCAAAUGGAAAGGAGAAAGUGGAGCUUACCAAUACGAACAGAACUCGGCCGUUGUCAUUAUGUCACAAUUGAAUAUGAAGUUGUCCUUCUUCAACAUGUUGUUCCUGUUUCUGAAAUACUUUAGAGCAAUUGACAGGGUAGGUUGAUACAUAGGUAUUGAACCGAAUCUACAUGUUUUACUUGUAUUGCAUGUUUUUGUGUAAUAUUAACAAAGACUUUCAGAUGGACGUGAAAACAUCAGAGAUGAAGAAAAGAACGGCCAAGACGGAGUUUGUGGAGCUUGGGGAAAAGCUACGGUCGAUGAUCGUUCUUUUUGAUUUCCUGACGACUUCUGAAGUCUACGUGGUUGAUGGUACUGUUCAGCAGUUGGCCAAGGUCUUCAAAACCCAAUUCGACCAUCCCAGCAACCGAAAUCUAAAUGCGUAUGAUCAUUUCUUCAAAGAAGUAUCACACUUCGAAGACUUCAUCUCCGAGCUCGUGAAGUUUGAGAUCGAAGAGUUGGAUCAGUGUCUGGAGGAUUAUUUGACCAGAGCAAGAGUCAUCACCGAAGUUGGGACAGCUUUAGACAAGAUAUGUCAAGUUGUCAACGAUUGCCGCGCUUUGGACAGUUCGCUGGAUAACAAGUUGGCUGCCAACUGGCUAAACGAUCCUAAAGUUCUCAAGUACAUCGAAAAACAUGUAAGUUUAAUAGUAAUGUAGAGUAGUUGAAGUUAUGUUAAAUUUUUUUUUCUAACAUGUGGUCUUUUUAGAUCAAGUUCGCAAUUGGAUUGCUGGGCAAAGAAAACUCCCAGUUGGCUGAAGUAAACUUGAAAAUUCUGUUGGAGCAGAUGAAGGUAUUGAUCAGAGUGUUGUACAGCGGUCUGGAGAAGAACAAGAAGCUUCAAUGUACCGUCAUAUCACAGCUGUAUGACAAAGGACAGCAGAAGGAGGCCUUGGCGUUGGCUGAAGAAUUCCAAGUAACUUUUUUACUUAAUUUCAAUCUUUAACAACGACUAUUUUUCACGCGUAAAGAUUAAUCUGAGUUUAGGACUUCAAUCUGAUCAUCAAACAUUCUCACACAGCAUUGGGAGACGAUGAAAGAAAGGGGUACAUUAACUUCAUGAAGGAGAAGUUUGAAGGAAAAGACUUUGAUUUGGUACUGUAUGAUUACUACAGAAGGAAUGGUAAGUGAUAACAUGACGGUAUGGGACAUAAUUUGUCAAAACUUGAAGAACGAUUAUAAACAAAGUACUGUUUCAGGUAUGGUAGAAUACCUGUUGGAGGAGAAAGGAGAACGUCUGGAGACUUUCCUACGCUCUCAUCAGAACAUCAACUGGAUCAGGAACAUCGAGAAGAAACAGUAUCAGAAGGCGAGGAAGUUCUUGAAGAAUAUGAUGUUAGAGACAGAAGUCGCACCACAAAAGGCGGCAAGUUGACAAUUUAAAAUAUUAAUUGGCCGAAAAGAAACGUCUCAAACUUUUAAGUAAUGACCAUGCACUUGAAGACAAUUAAUAAGUGAAAAUAUAUUUAACCUAUUUUUAGACAAUCGCCGCACUGGGGAAGCUGUGUGCUCUAUGUGAAGAUGAAGAAAACUCAAAAGAACUGGCCGAGUUUACCGAUGUCAUUAAACUGGUGGAACUUCAGGAAGCCAUCGAUCCUACUUUAUUACAGGUACGCGGCAUUGUUCACUUUUUUGUCUUUAUUAGACCCGAAACUUUUUCGUUAAUAUGACUUUACAUUGUAACUAACAUGUAUAUCAAAUCUCAAUCCAACUAUUAAAAUGGUUUCAGAGAAUUAACCCAAAGAACAAAACGAUGACGACCCAACAGAUUAUCGAUGCGUAUCUACAAGAAGAAGGCUGCCGAGGCUACAUAAAGGCGUUGAUCAUGGUAGCAUCCCUGCAGACAUCAGCCUUAUCUCCCAUUGGUACGAAGCAAGCAGAGUUCUACGUCAACAGAAUCUACAAACACGUACUGGAAGCAGACGACUGGCAAAAGUACUCUGUGGAUCCACCACAAUUCGAGAUCAAAGCACAGUGUUCUAGUUUGGCCAUCGUUCUGGAGAGUGUAUUCGAAUUGAGUAGGUAUUAAGAAAGUAGCACAAGUUGAUCAAAAGUUUUUUACAUUAAUUUUGUCAAGAAUAUUUUUUGUUUCUCUUUCAGACAUACCAAAGAACGACAAGAAGAUCCUGUUACCAAGCUUGGACACCCUCGACUCGGUUGUCAGCCUCGACAAACACAGAAGUCAGCUUCUGAAGAGCUUUUUGGCAAACGAGCUAUCUAACGUAGCAUUCUGUUUGGAAAAAGGAAACGAAAUGGAAACAUGA